CGUCUUCCUGCAACAUGGACAUGCCUGACCCUGUGAGGUAAAAACUUCAAUGGGAGCCUCCCUUCCUUAAUAAAGUGGCGUGGAGGAACAGCUUUGAAACUCUUUUGAAUGGAAGGAUGAAAGCUAUGUAGGAACCCAAUGUGAAUGGAAGAAAUCCGUCAUCAUGCAAAUGAUACAACACUCUGAACAGACUCUAAAAACAGCUCUCAUCUCAAAGAACCCAGUGCUUGUGUCACAGUAUGAAAAAUUAGAUGCUGGGGAACAGGGUUUAAUGAAUGAAGCCUUCCGGCCAACCAGUGAUCUCUUUGGACCCAUUACCUUGCAUUCCAGAUCAGAUUGGAUCACUUCUCAUCCUGAGGAUCCCUAAGACUUUGAACAGUUUUUCAGUGAUCCUCCCAGAAAGACACCCUCUCCUGGGAAGCACAGCAUUUAUAUACAGUCCAUGGGAUCUUUAGGCAACACCAGAAUUAUCUGUGAAGAAUAUAUUAAAUGGCUCAAGGGCUACUGUGAAGCUUUUUUCUAUGGCUUGACGGUAAAACUCCUAGAACGAGUUCCUGUUUCUGUGACAAGGUGUUCCUUUAGAGUCAAUGAUAAAACACACAACCUACAGAUUCAUGCCGAGCUCAUUCUGAAGUUCUUGAAGAAGAAGAAACCUGAGGAUGCCUUCUGUGUUGUGGGGAUAACAGUGAUGGAUCUUUACCCAAGAGAGUCUCAGAAUUUUGUCUUUGGACAGGCCUCUUUGACAGAUGGUGUGGGGAUAUUCAGCUUUGCCAGGAAGGGCAGUGAUUUUUACAGUUUUUGCCACGAAGGCAAAGUAAAGAUCCUCUAGAAAACAUCUUUGAGCAACUCUUCCGUUUUUGAUAACUAUUAUAUUCCAGAAAUAACUAGUGUUUUGCAGCUUUGAUCUUGUAAGACUUUAACCCACCAGACUGGACACAUAUUUGGACAGCGACACUGCCAGUGGCUCACCUGCCUAAUGCAAGGUUCCAAGCACUUGAAAGAAGCUGACCGGCGCCCUCUAAACCUUUGCCCUGUCUGCUUACGCAAGUUGCAGUGCGCUAGUGGCUUCAGCAUUGAGGAAAGAUACAAGCCGGUGAGAUGGAUCGAUGAUGAAUCUGCUGACACCCCUGGAGUAACUCUGAAACACAGUUGGGAGGAUAGUGGGAAUUUACCAAAACCCAUUGAAGCCUUCAAGGAAUGGAAAGAGUGGAUAAUGAAAUGCCGUGCUGUUCUCCAAAAAUAAGGACCUUCAAUUAGGAGUAAU